AAUGCAAGUAUUUGACAAUCUAGCUUUAUAAGAAGUGUAAUCUAUUGGUAUUGAUAAAUCUCCAGAAAGAUUAUAAGAGAUCAUUAGAAUGAUUCUUUAAGAAUUGAGUUAAAUGGGAUAUGAUGAUGCUUGUAAAAUGCUUGAAGAGGAAUCUUAAACUAAAUUAGACUCAACAUAAAUGAGUAAUUUUAAAGAAUCCUUUUUAAAUGGUGACUACGAGAAGCUUUUACAAUAACUAGAAUUUUCAGAAACAAUCAAUAGAGUAUUCUAUUAUUUAAAAUAGAAAUUAUAAUAUGAAAUAUAAAAAUAGUUGUACAUAGAGUUAGUUCAAUAGAAAAAUUAUGAGCAAGCAGUGAAUUUAUUAAGAUAAUUAUCAGAAAAUAAUGAACAAGAAUCAUAAGUUUUAGCUAAGUAAAUUUGUUAAAUAAAAAUAGAAUGAUAUUUCUAUAAGAAGAUGUUUCAAUUUUAUAUACUUAAUUGUCCAUACCUACAGAAUAAAGUGAACAAAGAAUGUAACUUUAUUAUAAGACCUUAAAUCUAUUGAAUUUUGGCGAGUUUUCAUUAAAAACUCAAUUUGAUAAAGUGAUUGAUUAAGCCUUAGAUUAUUAAUUUAAAAGAUGCCCAUAUCAUAAUGAUUCAUAGGAGAAUAGGAAUAAUUCUUUAUUGCUUGAUCAUAAUUGCUAAUCUUAUUAAAUUCCUAAAAAUAAUUCAAUUCUUUUUUAAGGUUUUGAUGAUGAAGUUUGGAUUGGUAAGUUUUCAAAUUCAGGAAUUUGGAUUGGUUGUGCAACAAAAUAAAAUUCCAUAUAUAUUAUAUCAAAGGAAAAACAAUAGAAAAUUAGUAAAGCCCAUGAUAUGGAUAUAAAUUCGCUUGUUUUUUCAUCAGAUGAUAAAUUGUAAAACUGAAUAAAUUUUAAAUGAUUAGGUUGUUUUCAGCAUCAAAUGAUAAAAAAAUAAAUGGUUAUGAUGUUUUAAAUGCUUAAUUAAAAGUAACAAUGAAUUAACAUACUAAUGAAGUCUUAUGUUUAGCUUUUUAUAAAAAGUAUAAGAAUUUUUUAAUAUAAUUAUUAGUUAUUUAUUUAGUGGAGGAGUUGAUGGAUGGAUUGGUAUAUGGUAAGAAAAUGGGAAAUUAGUUAAUUAAGUGAAAAGUAAAGUAGUAAAGAAUAUUUUAUUUACUGAUUAAUAUAUGUUGCUACAUAAUGCAGCUAUAUUUUCAAUUACAGUAAUUGAAAAUGAUUCUAAAUUUAAUAAAAUAAUUACUAAUUUAGAAGAACAAGAAUUGAUUGUUUCCUCUGCUGUUAGUUAAAAUUAAUAAUUUUUAGUUUUAAAUGUUUCAAGAGAAAAACCAAAAUUAAAUUUAUGGAGUUUGAAAACAUUUUAAAAAUUACAUGUGUUUUAUGGAUUUUAAGUAAAAGGAAUAGAAAUGAAAUGUUGUUUUGGUAGUUAAAAAGAUAAUUAUGUUUGUGUUGGUAGUCAAGAUGGAAAAGUACAUUUUUUUAAUAAAAAUAAUUAAUUACAAUAAAAUGUGAUUGAUGGACAUAAUUAGGCUAUUAAUUUUGUUGAUUGGAAUAGUUUGACAGGUUAAUUAUUAACAGCAAGUGAUGAUAAAACUAUUAAAAUAUGGGUUUAAGAUCAAAUAGGAUAAUCAUCAUAAUUAAUAAAUGUUCCUAAUGAAUAUGAAUAACAAUUAAAUUCUCAAUAUGAAGAAAUUGAGGAUGAAUAAGAUGAUCAUGAAGAGGAAGAAUACUAAUAGUAAUCAGAUGGAGAUUAAUCAUUUUGA